UGUUCCUCUAUGGCAUGGAAUCAGUCUGAUUGGCUCUGGUGCUCUCUCCCAGUCUUGCGUCUCUUUCUCCUGGGAAGCCAAGGCACCUCUUUCCUGCAUCUCUUCCUCCGUCUCCGGCUUUCUCUGCCUCCCGGUAGGCUGCGCUGCGGGUUGGGGCUCGCCCCCUUCCCUUCCUUCCCCUUCCCCUCCCUCUUUCCCCUCGGAAGCCCCCCUCCUUCCCUGGCUCCGGAGUUGCUACCGAGGACGCUUCCCGGCUCGGCUCCAGUCCCGCGUUGCGCGCUGAAGAAGCAGCAGAAGGCAGAGAGACUCCUCCUGGCAGAUCUCUCCACUUGCUUCUGCUUCUCCCUUUCUUUCCCUCUUCAUGGAUACCUUACACCGAGAGGAAGCCGUCCAGCUCCGAAGCGGCGUGCAUCUCUCUCUGCCUGCAGAAGAAUGAGGCGAGCUGGCAGCGUGUGUUUCUGGUUGUUGCUUUUGGGAGAACCCGAGAAGACUCUUCAGGGAAAGCGUUUCCAUUUGCAGCCAACAUCCCCUACUGAGUUUCGGGAGCCUUGUUGUGUGGGACUUAUUGUGGCUAAAAGGAUGAAAGAAUGAUGUGAUGGAGAUAAAUAUGGGCCAUUGGUCAGGUCCUUUGGCCCCCACAUCUGGUGUCAUCCUCCUGCUUGUCCAGCUUUGGGCCGGUGUGUGCCAUGGCCUUCAAGGGACUCUCCCGCCUGGCUUCCACUUCACACAUUCCAUGUACAAUGCCACAGUAUAUGAGAACUCUGCAGCACGGACCUACCUUAACAGUAAAAAUAGGAUGGGCAUCAUUAUGGCAGACCUUUCCUGGGAUAUCAAAUACAGGAUUGUAUCUGGCGAUGAUGAAGGCUUUUUUAAAGCAGAGGAAGUUGUAAUAGCCGAUUUCUGUUUUCUUAGGAUAAGAACUAAAGGUGGGAACUCUGCGAUACUGAAUAGAGAAAUCCAGGACAACUAUUUAUUGGUAAUAAAAGGUUCCGUCCGUGGAGAAGACUUGGAAGCGUGGACAAAAGUGAACGUACAGGUUUUGGACAUGAACGAUUUGCGGCCUUUGUUUUCACCCACUACCUACUCAGUCACAAUAGCAGAAAGCACUCCCUUAAGGACUAGUAUAGCACAGGUUACAGCAACGGAUGCUGAUAUUGGCUCUAAUGGGGAAUUUUACUAUUACUUUAAAAAUAGAGUUGAGCUCUUUGCUGUCCAUCCAACAAGUGGUGUGAUCUCCUUAAGUGGCCGGCUGAACUAUGACGAGAAGAAUCGCUAUGACUUGGAAGUUCUGGCUGUGGAUCGUGGGAUGAAACUCUAUGGGAACAACGGAGUAAGCAGCACUGCCAAACUUUACAUACAUAUUGAGCGCAUUAAUGAGCAUGCCCCCACAAUCAGUGUAGUAACCCACGUUCCCUUCUCUUUGGACAAGGAGCCAACAUAUGCUAUCAUUAAUGUCGAUGAUCUCGAUGAAGGUGCCAAUGGUGAGAUUGAAUCGCUUAUUAUUGUUGCUGGAGAUCCCUUGGAACACUUCCAGUUGGCUAAAGAAGGUAGAUGGAUGAAUGAGUACAAAAUCAAAGAGAAAAAACCCAUUGAUUGGGACAGUUUUCCAUAUGGUUACAACCUUACUCUCCAGGCAAAGGACAAAGGUUCUCCUCAGAAGUUUUCGGCUCUGAAACUGGUUCAUAUUGCUAGUCCCAAAAGAGAAAGCAACCCAGUAAAAUUUGAAAAGGAAAUGUACGAUGUCGCCAUCAGUGAAUUCUCUCCCCCGGGAGUCGUUGUUGCUGUUGUUAAGCUAUCCCCAGAAAUCCAGGGGGAAGAAUAUGUUUUAUUGCCUAGUGAAGAUGCUGAAUAUUUUAAAAUUAAUCAUAGGACAGGUCUGAUUACUACUGCACAGCCUUUAAAAAUUGUCGAUAAGGAGUUUUAUGAUUUAGAAGUAGUAAACAAAGAUGGGGACUUAAAAACACAUGUUACUGUCAGGAUAGAGGAUGCUAAUGAUCACAUUCCAGAAUUUACACAGCCAUCAUACAGUGCCUAUGUCAAUGAAAGUGUACCUGUAGGGACCACUAUUUUGUCAGUUUCUGCUUUUGAUAAGGACCGUGGGGAAAACGGCUAUAUCACAUACAGCAUUGCUAGUUUAAAUUCACUCCCCUUUUCCAUCAACCAGUUUACUGGCAUUAUUAGUACUUCCGAAGAACUGGAUUUCGAAUCCUCCCCAGAGAGCUACAGGUUUAUUGUAAGGGCUUCAGACUGGGGAUCACCUUACCGCCACGAAAGCGAGGUUAAUGUCACAAUCUACAUAGGCAAUGUAAACGAUAACAAGCCUUUGUUUGAAAAGGUGGCUUGUCAGGGUGUGAUUUCGUCUGAGUUCCCUGUGGGUGGGCACAUCACAGCUGUGUCUGCCAUUGAUAUAGAUGAGUUGGAGCUUGUGAAGUACAAAAUCAUUUCAGGUAACGAACUGGGUUUUUUCUAUCUGAAUCCCGAUUCCGGGGUUCUACAACUUAAGAAGUCGCUGGUUAGUGGUGGUGUCAAAAACAACAAUUUUGGACUUAGAAUAACAGCAACGGAUGGGGAGAAUUUUGCUGACUCCAUGUUUGUCAAUAUUUCCGUAGUUCAUGGAAAAGUGUCUUCCAAAACCUUUAGUUGCAGAGAGACAAGAGUUGCUCAGCGGCUAGCUGAAAAGUUGCUGAAGAAAGCAAAAGCUAACGUAAAACUGAAUUCAGAAGAUGGCUUCUUGGAUUUUUAUUCUGUGAAUAGGCAACCUCCACAUUUUGACAAAACAUUUCCUAAUGACGUAUCAGUUAGGGAGGACCUUCCUGUUGGUGCUACUAUCUUUCGAAUCAAGGCCUAUGAUGCUGAUUCUGGCUUUAAUGGGAAAGUGCUUUAUACCAUAUCAGAUGGCAAUGUAGACAGCUGCUUUAAUCUUGAAAUGGAGACAGGUCUCCUUAAGGUCCUUUUGCCCUUGGACCGCGAGAAAACAGAACUCUAUCUCCUUAAUAUUACAAUAUAUGACUUAGGCACUCCCCAGAAGGCCACGUGGAGACUUCUUACCAUAACUGUAGAGGAUGCAAAUGAUAACAGGCCUGAAUUUUUGCAAGAAAGCUAUUCGGUUAAUAUUUUUGAAAGUACAAGCAUUGGUGUAGAGAUUAUUCAGGUUGAGGCCAGAGACAGAGAUCUAGGGUCAAAUGGGGAAGUGACAUACUCCAUAUUGACAGAUACACAGCAAUUUGUUAUCAACAGCUCCACAGGGAUUAUAUAUGUAGCUGACCAUUUAGACCGAGAAUUCAAGGCAAACUAUACACUCAAGAUAGAAGCAAGAGACCGAGCGGAGAAUGGGCAACAGCAGUUUUCUGUUGUGCCUUUGAAAAUCUUUUUGGAUGACGUCAAUGACUGUUCUCCAGCUUUCAUACCACCUAGCUAUAAUGUGAAGGUCCUGGAAGAUCUACCAGUUGGUACUGUCAUAGCUUGGCUCGAAACCCAAGAUCCAGAUCUUGGUCUUGGAGGACAAGUCCGUUAUUCCUUGGUGAAUGAUUACAAUGGGAAAUUUGAAAUAGACAAAGCUAGUGGUGCUAUCCGUCUGAGCAAAGAACUUGAUUACGAAAAGCAACAGUUCUACAACUUGACUGUUCGAGCAAAGGAUAAAGGGCGUCCGGUUUCUCUCUCUUCUGUUUCCUUUGUGGAAGUGGAAGUUGUGGAUGUGAACGAAAAUCUCUACACCCCUUAUUUUUCCGACUUCGCUGUCAUUGGAUCCGUAAAGGAAAACUCGCGCAUUGGAACCAGUGUCUUGCAAGUGACUGCCAGGGAUGAUGACAAUGGCAGGGACGGGGAAAUUCAGUAUUCGGUUCGAGAUGGCAGCGGACUUGGCCGAUUUAACAUUGAUGAAGAAACUGGAGUUAUAUACACAGCAGACAUCCUAGAUCGAGAGACAACCCAAUCCUACUGGCUAACUGUGUAUGCAACGGAUCGUGGUGUCGUUCCACUUUUCACGACCAUUGAGGUCUACAUUGAGGUGGAAGAUGUGAAUGACAAUGCCCCUUUGACUUCUGAACCUAUUUAUUACCCAUCUGUCAUGGAAAACUCCCCUAAGGAUGUAUCAGUCAUUCAAAUACAGGCUCAAGACCCUGAUUCCACCACUAAUGAGAAGAUGACGUACAGGAUUACAAGUGGAAACCCACAGAACUUCUUCAUUAUCAAUACCAAAACAGGCCUCAUAACCACAACUUCAAGGAAAUUGGAUCGUGAACAGCAGGCAGAACAUUUUCUUGAGGUUACAGUAACAGAUGGAGGCACCUCAGCCAAGCAAUCUACAGUCUGGUUGGUGAUUCAGGUUCUGGAUGAAAAUGACAAUAAGCCCCAGUUUCCCGAAAAAGUCUAUCAGAUCAAGUUGCCAGAGCGGGACCGCAAGAAGAGGGGAGAGCCCAUCUACAGAGCCUUUGCCGUGGAUAAAGAUGAAGGCCCGAAUGCGGAGAUUUCUUACAGCAUUGUGGAUGGGAACGAUGAUGGGAAAUUUUUCAUUGACCCAAAGACUGGAAUGGUCUCUUCGAGAAAGCAGUUCUCUGCCGGGAGCUAUGAUAUCUUAACCAUAAAAGCAGUUGACAAUGGCCGGCCACAGAAGUCUUCAACCGCACGCCUCCACAUUGAAUGGAUUAAGAAGCCACCACCAUCCCCAGUCCAAUUGACUUUUGACGAACCAUUCUACAAUUUCACCGUCAUGGAAAGUGACCGAGUGACUGAAAUCGUUGGCGUAGUCUCUGUACAACCUGCUAACAUCCCACUGUGGUUUGAUAUAGUCGGUGGCAAGCAUGCUCGAGAGAUGUUCUAUAUCCUACAGACAGCUUGUGGGCAGAACUGUUCAACAGAAGGGGGGAAUUUCGAGAGCUCUUUCGACGCAGACAAAGGUGUGGGGACCAUUGUCAUCGCGAAACCCCUGGAUGCUGAGCAGAGGUCGGUGUACAACAUGACCGUGGAAGUCACCGAUGGGACAAACGUGGCAAGCACUCAGGUCCUCAUCAAAGUCCUUGACAACAAUGAUAAUGGCCCUGAAUUUUCCCAGCCAAGUUAUGACGUUACAAUUUCGGAAGACAUCCUGCCUGACACCGAAAUCCUGCAAGUCGAAGCCAUAGAUAGAGAUGAGAAACACAAGCUGAGUUAUAUCGUUCACAGCAGCAUUGACUCGGUCAGCAUGAGGAAGUUCAGAAUAGAUCCCAACACAGGAGUGCUAUAUACCGCCGAGCGCCUAGACCACGAAGCUCAGGAUAAGCACAUCCUCAAUAUAAUGGUGCGCGAUCAAGAGUUCCCCUACCGACGGAACUUGGCCAGAGUCAUUGUGAACGUGGAAGAUUCAAAUGAUCACAGUCCCUACUUCACCAGCCCAUUGUAUGAAGCUUCGGUGUUUGAAUCUGCUGCCAUUGGCUCUGCCGUCUUACAGGUCACCGCUCUGGACAAAGACAAGGGAGAAAAUGCGGAGCUGAUCUACACAAUAGAAUCAGGAAAUACUGGGAACACCUUCAAGAUCGAACCAGUCCUAGGCAUCAUCACUGUUUUGAAGGAACCAGACCUAACCGCUAUGAGCCAGUUUGUUCUAUCAGUCAAAGUGUCUGAUCAGGGAUCUCCACCGCUUUCAGCCACAGCCAUUGUCCGCAUAUCUGUCACAAUGUCAGACAACUCUCACCCCAAAUUCACGCACAAGGAAUGGCAAGCGGAGGUGAAUGAAAAUGUUGACUUUGGAACCUCAGUUAUCUUGGUUUCAGCAAUCAGCCAGUCCACGCUAGUUUAUGAGGUCACUGAAGGCAACACUGAUGGAGCAUUUGCUAUAAACCCCUACUCAGGAGUCAUCACGAGUCAAAAGCCUCUUGAUUACGAACUCAUGUCCUCUUACCAGCUCACUGUGCAAGCUACAAACAUGGCAGGGAUGGCCUCAAAUGCUACAGUAAACAUCCAGAUUGUUGAUGAAAAUGACAACCCUCCCGUCUUCCUCUUCUUAAAGUAUUCAGGCCGGAUCAGUGAGGCUGCACCUGUAAACAGCAUUGUCCGGAGCUUAGAAAACAACCCGCUAGUGAUACGAGCCAUAGAUGCAGACAGCAAUCAAAAUGCUUUGCUUGUCUACCAGAUUGUUGAAUCCACUGCUAAAAGGUAUUUUACGGUAGACUCCAGUACAGGUGCAAUUAGAACUAUUGCUGAUUUAGACCAUGAAACCAUUGCACACUUCCAUUUUCAUGUCCAUGUUCGAGACAGUGGUAAUCCACAGCUUACUGCAGAGAAUCCAGUUGAAGUUACUAUCGAUAUAACAGAUGUCAAUGACAAUCCUCCAGUUUUCAGCCAGGCCAUGUUUGAGACUGUCUUGCUUCUGCCAAGUUAUGUUGGAGUGGAGGUUCUUAAAGUCAGGGCUGCGGACCCAGAUUCGGAAGUCCCCACUGAGAUGACAUACAGCCUUAUUGAAGGAAACACAGAGUAUUUUCUCAUUGAUCCUUUUUCAGGGAUAGUGACGAUAAAAAACAACAGCCUUUCCAAAGAUCAUUAUAUGCUUAUAGCAAAAGUAUCUGAUGGGAAAUUCUACAGCACUGCUGUUGUGACCAUAAUGGUCAAGGAAGCCAUGGACAGUGGCCUCCACUUCACUCAAAGCCUUUAUUCUACAUCCAUCUCUGAAAACAGCACCAAUAUCACAAAAGUAGCCGUGGUCAAUGCAGUCGGAAACCGUCUUAAUGAGCCCUUGAAGUAUAGCAUAUUGAACCCUGGGAACAAAUUCAAGAUCAAAUCCACUUUGGGUGUCAUUGAAACUACUGGCAUCCCAUUUGACAGAGAAGAGCAGGAAUUAUAUGAGUUAGUGGUUGAGGCAAGCCGUGAACAGGAUCAUCUUCGGGUCGCUAGGGUGGUGGUCAGAGUUCACAUUGAAGAUAUCAACGACAAUUCUCCAGUGUUUGUUGGACUCCCAUACUACGCUGCUGUACAAGUGGAGGCCGAUCCUGGUGCCCUGAUAUACCGUGUGACCGCCAUUGAUAAAGAUAAGGGUGCGAAUGGCGACGUUGCUUACCUGCUGAAGGAGGACUACGGGCACUUUGAAAUUGACAGGCAGACUGGGAGUGUCACACUAAAAGCAGCCUUUAAUUCUGACUUAUCAAACAUAGAGUAUUUAAUUAUUGUCAUCGCUAAAGACGGAGGCAAUCCAUCACUGUCAGCAUCUGUAGAAUUGCCUAUUACAAUUGUUAACAAAGCGAUGCCGGUUUUCGACAAGCCUUUCUAUACCGCCUCUGUAAAUGAAGACAUAGAAAUGCACACCCCAAUCCUGAGCAUCAACGCUACCAGCCCGGAGGGUCAAGGUAUCAUUUACAUAAUUGUAGACGGAGAUCCCUAUAAUCAGUUCAACAUUGAUUUUGACACUGGAGUUCUCAGUGUAAUCAGUCCAUUAGACUAUGAAGUAAACCCCAUUUUCAAGCUGACAGUGAGAGCCAGUGAUGCGCUCACUGGUGCCCGAGCUGAAGUCACCGUGGACUUAAUUAUCAAUGACAUGAACGACAAUGCUCCCGUUUUUGAACAUUUUGCCUACAAUGCCACCUUGUCUGAAGGAUCUUUGAUUGGAACUCCUGUCUUGCAGGUUGUUGCUACCGAUGCAGAUUCCGAGAAUAACAAAAUUAUCCAAUAUCAGAUAGUCCAGGACGCUUUCAACAGCACAGAUUAUUUCCACAUUGAUGGCAGCAGUGGUCUGAUUCUAACAGCCCGUUUGUUGGACCAUGAGCUGAUGCAGCAAUGCAUUUUAAAAGUGAGGGCAACUGAUAAUGGAUUCCCGCCAUUGAGCAGUGAAGUUCUAGUUAGCAUAUUUGUAACAGACAUGAACGACAACCCUCCCAUUUUUAACCAGCUCAUAUACGAAUCGUAUGUCAGUGAGCUUGCUCCUCGAGGCCAUUUUGUGACUUGUGUUCAAGCCUCCGAUGCAGACAGCUCUGAUUUUGACCGACUGGAAUACAGCAUCCUGUCUGGAAAUGAUCGUACGAGUUUCGUGAUGGACAGCAAGAGUGGUGUUAUCACUCUUUCAAACCAUCGAAAGCAGAGAAUGGAAUCAAUGUACAGCCUGAAUGUGUCUGUCUCUGAUGGUUUGUUCACAAGCACGGCCCAGGUCCAUAUUCGGAUUCUUGGAGCAAAUUUGUUUAGCCCAGUGUUUUCACAGAGUAUCUAUGUCGCAGAGGUUAGAGAAAAUUCUCUCCCAGGAACCAAAGUGAUACACGUAAAAGCAACAGAUGGAGAUGCUGGCAUAUAUGGACAAAUAAGCUACUCAAUCAUAAAUGAUUUUGCCAAGGACCGUUUUUUAAUUGAUAACAAUGGGCAGAUCAUCACAACUGAAAAACUCGAUCGAGAGAUCCCUUUAGAAGGUGACAUCACCAUAUUUUUGAGAGCUCUUGAUGGAGGAGGCAGGACCACAUUCUGCACAGUGAGAGUCAUUGUGGUGGAUGAGAAUGACAACGCUCCCCAGUUCAUGACAGUAGAGUACCGGGCAAGUGUCAAAGCAGAUGUUGGGAAAGGUCAUUUGGUCACUCAAGUCCAAGCGGUGGAUCCAGAUGAUGGCGCAAAUGCAAGGAUUGCCUAUUCGCUAUACAGCGAGGCUUCCGUUUCUGUUGCAGAUCUCCUGGAAAUUGACCCCGACAAUGGAUGGAUGGUAACGAAGGGUAAUUUUAACCAACUUAAAAACACAGUGCUUUCUUUCUUUGUCAAAGCAGUUGAUGGUGGCAUACCCGUAAAGCACUCCCUUAUCCCUGUGUACAUUCAUGUUUUACCUCCAGAAACGAUUUUGCCUUCAUUUUCUCAACCCCAAUAUUCCUUUACAAUGUCAGAAGAUAUGGUUAUUGGUAGCACUAUUGAUGCGCUGCAUGUUUUGCCUAAUCAGGGGGCCACUUACAGCACGGUAAAUGGCGAUCUGUCAGAAAACAACAAGGAUGGAGUUUUUAUUAUAGAGCGGGAUACUGGCCUCAUAAAACUUGAUAAGAGGCUUGACCAUGAGACAAACUCUGCCUUUCACUUUAAAGUUGCUGCAACCAUACAACUAGAUAAGGUAGAUGUUGUGCUAACAGUGGACGUGGACAUUAAAGUUCUGGACAUUAAUGACAACAAACCAGUAUUUGAAUCAGCCAGCUAUGAAGCCAUCAUAAUGGAAGGCAUGCCAAUAGGAACAAAACUUGUUCAGGUUAAAGCAACUGACGCAGACUGGGGGGCAAAUGGUCAAGUCACCUACUCAAUCUUGGCAGAAGGAGAGGCUGAUAGAAUCACAGAAGUGUUCACCAUUGACAGCAACAGUGGCUGGAUCAGCACCUUGAAAGACUUGGAUCAUGAAAGGAACCCCACUUUCUCCUUCACAGUGGUGUCUUCUGACCUGGGAGAAACCUUGUCCCUUUCAUCGACCACAUUGAUCUCUGUCACAGUGACAGAUAUUAAUGACAAUGCCCCAGUGUUUGAACAUGAUAUGUACAGAGGUACUGUGAAAGAGAGCGACUCGCCUGGUGAAGUUGUGGCCGUCCUCAGCACAUGGGAUGAGGAUACAUCUGACAUCAACCGCCAAGUUAGCUAUCACAUUACAGGAGGAAAUCCAAAAGGAAAGUUUGACCUUGGUCUGGUUCAGAAUGAAUGGAAGGUUUAUGUCAAGAGACCAUUGGAUCGGGAAGAACAAGAUGUCUACCUUUUGAAUAUUACAGCCACAGAUGGGCUCUUUGUCACUCAGACGGCUGUAGAAGUGAUUGUCACUGAUGUGAAUGAUAACAAUCCUGUCUGUGAUCAGGUAACAUAUAUUGCAAUAUUUCCUGAAGACAUUCCACCCAACAAAGCAAUCCUUCAAAUGGGUGCCAAAGAUGCAGAUAUUGGAUCCAAUGGUGAAAUUCGGUAUUCACUGUACGGCUCUGGGAAUAACAAGUUUUACUUAGAUCCUGAAAAUGGAGAACUCAAAACCUUAGCCCCUUUGGACCGUGAAAAGAUCCCUGUGUACAACCUGAUAGCAAGGGCAACAGAUGGAGGGGGAAGGUUUUGCCAGUCGGAAAUCCGUUUGAUUUUGGAAGAUGUCAACGACAAUCCACCCAUGUUUUCCUCUGAUCAUUACACUGCAUGUGUCUAUGAGAACACGGCCACUAAAGCUUUGCUAACAAGAGUCCAAGCCAAUGAUCCAGAUGUAGGUGUUAAUAGAAAGAUUGUCUACUCCCUGGCAGACUCAUCAGAAGGCUUUUUCUCUGUAGACAAGUCCUCGGGGAUUAUUAUUUUGGAACAUCCUCUUGACAGAGAACUCCAGCCUUCCUAUAACGUCACCAUCAAAGCAUCUGACCAAGGCAUUGUGCAGACCUUAUCCUCAUUUGCCACAGUCACAAUUACAGUUCUGGACAUUAAUGACAACCCUCCUGUCUUUGAGAGGAGAGAUUAUCUUGUUACAGUGCCUGAAGACACCUCACCUAGUGCUGAAAUCCUCUCCAUUUUUGCCACCAGCAAAGACAUUGGUACGAACGCAGAGAUUACCUACCUAAUUAGGUCUGGUAAUGAAAAAGGAAAAUUCAGGAUCGAUUCAAAGACAGGGUCAAUAUAUGUAAUUGAACGUCUAGACUAUGAAACAUGUAAGGAUUUCUUCCUCGUCAUUGAAGCUAAAGAUGGGGGCAGUCCAGCGCUAAGUGCUGUGACAACAGUGAAUAUAAAUGUGACGGAUGUUAAUGAUAACGCGCCGAGAUUUAGUCAAGAGGUCUACAGUGCUGUCAUCAGUGAGGAUGCAUCAGUAGGUGAUUCAUUAAUAAUGUUGAUAGCUGAAGACCUGGACAGUCCUCCUAAUGGGCAGAUUCAUUUUUCCAUAAUCAAUGGAGAUCGGAACAAUGAAUUUUCAAUUGAUCCUAGCCUGGGACUUAUAAAGGUUAAAAAAAGAUUGGACCGAGAACGGAUUUCUGGAUAUUCAUUAGUCAUACAGGCAAGAGAUAGUGGCAUCCCUUCUUUGUCUGCGUCUGUGACUGUCAACGUUGACAUUUCUGAUGUGAACGAUAACAGCCCCGUAUUUACACCCGCCAACUACACAGCUGUGAUUCAAGAAAAUAAACCAAUAGGAACAAGCAUUUUACAGCUGGUGGUAACAGACAAAGACUCUCUGCACAAUGGGCCCCCUUUCACCUUCUCUAUCCUGUCUGGUAAUGAAGACGGAGAGUUUACAUUGGACCAACAAGGCAUCCUCCGAUCUGCAGCCACCUUCAAGCGCAUGACAGCAACUGAAUAUGUACUCUGUGUUCAGGUAAAAGAUUCUGGGAAACCUCAGCAGGUAUCUCACAGCUACAUCCAGAUCCGGGUGAUAGAAGAGAGUGUCCACAAACCAACAGCCAUUCCACUGGAGAUAUUUAUCGUCACUAUGGAAGAUGACUUUCCAGGAGGUGUUAUUGGGAAGAUACAUGCAACGGACCAAGAUGUGUAUGAUGUCCUUUCAUAUGGUUUGAAGUCAGAGCAGAAGAGUUUGUUCAAAGUCAACAAUCACGAUGGCAAGAUAAUUGCCCUUGGAGGGUUGGAUAGUGGGAAGUAUGUCUUGAACGUAUCUGUCAGCGAUGGCCGUUUCCAGGUGCCCAUGGAUGUGACUGUCCAUGUUGAGCAGUUGAUGCAGGAAAUGCUACAGAAUACGGUCACUAUCCGUUUUGAGAACGUCUCCCCAGAAGAUUUUGUGGGGCUCCACAUGCAUGGAUUUCGGCGCACUCUACGCAAUGCGGUUCUGACCCAGAAACAAGACAGCCUGCACAUUAUUAGUAUUCAGCCUGUGGCGGGCACCAAUCAGCUCGACAUGCUGUUUACGGUUCAAAUGCACACCGGCGGCUUCUAUAAGCCUGCCUACUUGAUUCAGAAACUCACCAAUGCAAGGCGACAUUUGGAAAAUGUGAUUCGCAUUUCAGCUAUUCUGGAAAAGAAUUGCUCUGGACUGGAUUGUCAGGAACAGCACUGUGAGCAAAGCCUGUCUAUCGAUUCCCAUUCCCUGAUGACCUACAGCACAGCACGAAUUAGUUUUGUGUGCCCUCGAUUCUACCGAAAUGUACGCUGUUCUUGCGAUGGAGGAUUGUGUCCAGGAUCGAGCGAUCCAUGCACAGAUAAGCCCUGUCCAGGAGAUAUGCAGUGUGUGGGCUACGAAAUCAACCGGAGGCCUUUCAUCUGCCAGUGCCCUCCUGGAAAGCUUGGAGAGUGCUCAGGACACACUUCCCUUAGCUUUGCUGGGAAUAGUUACAUCAAAUACCGGGUUUCUGAAAAUAGCAAGAAGGAGGAAUUCAAGCUGGCUCUGCGUCUGCGGACUCUGCAAAGCAAUGGGAUUAUAAUGUACACCAGAGCAAAUCCCUGUAUAAUUCUGAAGAUUGUGGAUGGCAAACUAUGGUUCCAGUUAGACUGUGGUGUCGGACCAGGCAUUCUGGGAAUUUCUGGCAGGGCGGUGAACGAUGGGAGCUGGCAUUCCGUCUUCCUUGAGCUGAAUCGGAACUUCACCAGCCUGUCCCUCGACGACAGCUAUGUGGAACGACGCAAAGCUCCCCUGUAUUUCCAGACGCUGAGCACGGAUAGCUCCGUUUACUUUGGAGCGCAGGUGCAGGUGGAUAAUGUCCGAAGCCUGACAGACAAGAGGACCACACAGGUCAUGAGUGGGUUUCAAGGGUGCUUGGAUUCUGUUAUCCUGAACAACAAUGAACUGCCACUCCAGAACAAGCGAAGUAGCUUUGCUGAAGUAGUCGGUCUGACCGAACUGAAGCUUGGCUGCGUGCUGUAUCCCGAUGCCUGCGAGAGGAGCCCCUGCCAGAAUGGAGGAACUUGUACCAGUGUGCCAUCUGGUGGUUAUCAGUGCAGUUGCCUCUCUCAGUUCACAGGGCGAAACUGUGAGUCAGAGAUCACCGCCUGCUUUCCAAAUCCUUGUCGCAAUGGUGGAUCAUGUGACCCCAUUGGUAGCGCGUUCAUCUGCAGUUGCAAGAGCGGGUUAACAGGAGUGACGUGUGAAGAAGAUAUCAAUGAGUGUGAAAAAGAGGAGUGUGAAAACGGCGGCUCUUGUGUGAAUGUAUUUGGCUCAUUUUUGUGUAACUGCACCCCUGGAUAUGUUGGUCAGCAUUGUGGGUUGAGACCAGUCGUUGUUCCUAACAUCCAAGCUGGGCAUUCUUAUGUGGGCAAGGAAGAGCUGAUUGGCAUCGCUGUCGUCCUUUUUAUCAUCUUUUUGCUAAUUGUCCUCUUCAUAGUUUUCCGUAAGAAAGUCUUCAGGAAAAACUACUCCCGGAACAACAUCACUUUGGUCCAAGACCCAGCUACUGCUGCUCUUCUUCACAAAAGCAAUGGGAUUCAGUUCAAGAACAUGAGGAACAAUUGCGAUGGGCGCAAUAUCUACCAAGAGGUGGGACCACCUCAAGUGCCCGUGCGGCCGAUGGCCUACACCCCUUGCUUCCAGAGCGAUUCCAGGAACAAUUUGGACAAGAUAGUUGAUGGUCUUGGAGUGGAACAUCAGGAGAUGACAACAUUCCAUCCAGAGUCUCCUCGGAUCCUAACAGCAAGGCGGGGAGUUGUAGUGUGCAGUGUUGCCCCCAAUCUACCAGCUGUAUCUCCAUGCCGUUCUGACUGUGACUCCAUCAGGAAGAGCUGGGAAAAUGGCACUGAAAGCAAAGGAGUUGAUGACAUUGAAGAGGUGACCUGUUUUUCAGGAAGCAAUAAAGGCAGCAACUCUGAAGUACAGUCACUCAGCUCUUACCAAUCGGACUCUGGUGAUGAUAAUGCUUCCAUAGUGACUGUCAUACAGCUUGUCAACAAUGUAGUUGACAAUAUAGAAAAUGAAGUGACUGGUAUGGACCAAGGACAGAACUACAACAGAGCUUAUCACUGGGACACUUCUGAUUGGAUGCCAAGCACUCGAUUAUCUGACAUUGAGGAGGUGCCCAAUUACGAGACCACAGAUGGCAGCUCAGCACAUCAUGGGAGCACAAGAGAGCUGGAAACGGAUUAUUACCUUGGUGGCUAUGAUAUCGACAGUGACUACCCUCCUCCACAAGAGGAAGAGUUUCUGCACCAAGACCAGUUGCCACCUCCUCUCCCAGAGGACUACCCAGACCAAUAUGAAGUCCUUCCUCCAUCACAGCCAGUCUCCAUGGCCAGCACACUUAGCCCGGAUUGUCGGCGACGGCCACAAUUCCACCCGAGCCAGUACCUCCCUCCACAUCAGUUCCCCAAUGAGAUGGACAACGGCGGGUCUCAGACUGGGAAUGAAUUUAGUACUUUUGGUGUGGGCCCAGGUCCAAAUGCAGGAACCAUUAGUGGGGCAAAGAAGCCCUUAUCCUUACACAAUUCACUUGAUGCAUCCUCGUCCGAUGUUUCGGCGAGCUGUGGCUUCGAUGACUCUGAGGUGGCUAUCAGUGACUAUGAAAGCAUUGAAGAGCUCCGCCUGGAUCAUCAUCACAUUCACAUUCCUUUUGUGGAGACCCAUCAGCAGACUCAAGUGUGAAGAAGCUGUUUUAGUUGCUGUUGUUGCCGUUGUUUGGUCUCACUCAUAGCAUAACUGUUAAGAAGAAUGUCUUUCUCCCUAAGAAACUAGAUCCCUAUAAGGGGCAAGGUGGAAAGCUAGCAUAACCCAUUUUUAACUACUGUACACAAAUACUGUCCAAAGAGCAAAUGAUUGCCUCAGAAUAUUGGUUACCAUUCCUAUUAGGGUGGACCCACUGAAUCAAUUGCUGAUUGCUAAGUCUACACUUCUGUCAAUCCCACUGAUUCAUUGUGUCUAUCUGGCUGAGACUAGCAGUUGCAUUUCCCCUGAUGUCUGCUGUUUACUACUGGUUGAGAGGGGGCAAUCAUUUGGUGAUGGACAGUUUUAUCCCCCCCCCCCCAGUUUUGUGUGGAGUAUUUUACUACUAAAAGUGUUACAUGGCUAAAAUACUUGCAGAACAAAAGUUUUUUAAAAAUCAGAUUCCUACAUUAAAUUAGCUGCUAAAGCUACAGUGGUGUUGAAGUCCUUUCCAAACAAGUUAGUAGCAAAAUUACUCAUCUAUGAAAAGAUCACUUUCUUUAGUGAUCAAUACAAUACAUAAUUAUGGUGUGUGUGUGUGUGUGUGUAUGAAUGAGGCUGCAGCCCUUACUGCAGAAGAUGAGGGCAUUGGCAAAUACCUAGGUACCAUGUUAAGUAAAACAUUAAUUUUGUUUAUGCCUAUCCCAAUUUCCUCUUAUUCAGCAGUAUUUUUCAUUGAUGUGAAAAAAUUCUGUAAAAACCAGAAAUUGUUGCGUUUAAACUGUAUGUGGCCUCUUGCCCUGUUUGCUUUUGUGCCACAAACAACUGAAAUAGCCAAUUUUUGCUACCUUUCUAAGCUUUCUUUUUCUUCCUGGAUAUUAAGGGGUUUCCUUUGAGGAUGGUUCGGUUUAAAAGAGUGGCAGAGGAAGUACCCAUCCUUCCCAGAGUGCACUCAGCCAUCCAGAAAUCAUACUGAAUGAGUAAAUUGUUACUCUUGGAGAAUAGUCAUGGAUGAAUGGAUGCUCUAACAGGUUUUUCAGCCCCCUGGCUUAUCCCGAUUCCCGUCAUCACAAUGUUAAUGGGUGUUUCCAGUGCAUGCUUUCCAAGAAGUUAGAGAUGUUGGUGCGGAUGCAAGAAUUACACUUUAAAGUCUCUGUCUCGUUAAGCUAACCAACAACCAAUUAUUUUUGGUGUAGAAGCUAUUUAUUCAUUCAAUUGGCAAUACAACAAACAAAAUUGAAGUUUAAAAAACAAACAAAUAAGCAGUAUCACUCCAUGUAACACUUUUAAUAGCUAAGGGACUCGGAAAUCCACAUCCUAAACUUGGUAAUUCAUUAUUUCAUUGCCCCCUUUAGCAUCCUGUAAGAGAAUGAUUGCUAGUGUUUGUGAUGCAACAAAUGAUUUGAUUAAAAUCUUGAGAUUUGUGUUAAAAAUGGGUUUGCGCCAAGAUGAUAAAUUGUCCAGAUGCAUUUUCUGCUUAUACUUCCAAGGUUAAUGUACUUGUCCUUUUGUUCUCUCUCCGCAUUGCCCCGAGUGCCAUAGGAAUCCAUUUAUGAUGUGUUUCAUGAGAUGUUUCUCAAGCUCUCCUCAGCCUCCUGAUAUUUUCUGGGCAGUGAGGACCCAGAACAUGAUACUUGAACUUUGCAUCUCCCAGUUGCAAAUAAACUAAAGAAUAGAUUUUUCUUCCAGAUUCAAAGUAGUUCUUCCAAGCAAGUUGCAAUCAGGGUUGGUUGAAAGUGUGCAGUUAACUCAAACAUUACUUGAUGAGGUCUCUAGCUUCCCUUUGGGUUGGCCUGAUGGAUCGGCACAAUUAAUUAUCUAGAGCAGUGUUUCUCAAACUGCUCCUCCAGAUGUUUUGUACUUCAGCUCCCAGAAAUCCCAGCUGUUAGGAAUUGUGGGAGCUAAAGCCCAAAACAUAUGGAAGAGCACAGUUUGAGAAACUGCUCUAGAGCAGUGGUUUCCAACUUUUAGUCUACUAGGUGUUUUGGACUUCAGCUCCCAAAAUUCCUGACAUUUGGCCAAGCUAGCUGUGGCUUCUGAUGAAGUUCCAAACACCUGGAGGAGCAAAGGUUGGGUGCCACUGCUAUAGAUGGAUGGGUGGAUGAAUUGAUACGUGAUAGUUAAAAGACCAGUGAACAUUUGUUCCAAAUUUUCAGGCUCAUUGCUACAGUACAGAAUGAGCUAACUUGAAGUAGACUCCAAUAGGACGCUGAACUCUGAACCAUUGUUUAGUUGAACUAUUGAGCUUGAUUUUUUCUAUCCCCCACUAAGUAAUUAUAAAAUAAUCCUUUCCAGCUUUCACUUACAAAAA